AGCCACAAGAAAAAAAAAGUCAGCCGUGGAUUGAAGAAUCUUUAUGAAUCAUCACACUUUUGGCUCUGUCGGUAGCGAAAAUUUCUUGAUUCGUCUUCCCUUGAACUACUACAGAAAAAAUCAUGGCUUGCACUUUCCAUCCGAAUGCCAUAACUUUGUUCCGACACAUCUGCACUGCAAGUACUAAUAUUAACUCGAAUCUAUUUUGAAAAUGAAAAUUAUUGGUGCAACAAUCGUCGCUUCUGCCUUCGUUAGCGCAAGCGCAUUCACAUCCACUUCCACCAUUGGGCGCCCUGAUCUCUCUCUCAAUGCUUCUGCCAUCGCCAAAACCAGAAAGCAGAUCGCCGGUCUCACGAAAGACAACUUCGAAUCGACUCUCAAGGAAGUCGAACCGUUCCUCCUGAACGAUGCGGGUGCCUCUUUCUACGCAAAGAGCGUGAAGCGCAUCGGAGCACAAGCGAAGGCGCUCGGAGUCGAAGUCCCCGCCGACUUCGCCAAGGAUGCCAAGGCCACUAAGAAGCGCAGGGAGAGACAAGAUGCCUACGUCAAGGCCAAGAUCGCCGAAGCCGCCGACGCCGUAGAAGAGGAACCCGCCGAGGAAGCUGCUGCCGAGGAAGGCGAAGCAUCCGAGUAGAGAAAAGACGAACACGAUGUAACAUAGCCAGCUAAAUGAAAUAAAAUACAACUG